AUGUCCAGGGUGAGCUGUCACAAGAGGCACGCAAUUGCUUUGCAGGUCCUAUUGGAGACAGGACAGCCUCUCGACGAGUUUGGUGGUGUCGGGAAAGCCGCACUGUUUUGCUUGGUCUGGGCUGCCACAAGCACCAGAAGUUUCAAGUUUCUCUCUCUUGGGACAGAUGUAAGUACUUUCAACAACUCCAAGCAGUUGCGGCUGAACAUCGUGGAGAUGUAUUUCUCCCUGAUGUUCCAGUCCCUUCAUACAGGUACGUUGAGAAAGUAUCUUGGCGCAGAGCGAGUGAGGGCUCCACACCUUGGAGUCAACAUUGCCCUGCCUCUUUACCAAGGAUUUAGGAACGAUGCGAUCCGCGCAACCUUAACGUGCCUGGCAUCGGACGACCCUGAGGUCGUUGGAUUUGCCAAGGAGCAACUCGAGUGUAACCUCGCCAUCGGAAGAGCCAAGCUGGCCGAGCUCAACUGGGCUCCGAUCACCCGGGCAAUGAGAAGACUGUCGCCCAUCUGGGCGGGACGAACUCGCAACCCCGACCGUUCAAACGGCAACCCGGAGGAAGUGAAAGUGAUGUGUGUCCAGUGCGGUUUCACAACCGUGGACACAGCUCCCGCUUUCCACAUCCUUACUGGUGCCUACGUCGUCCGAAAGUACUGA